AUGGCAGCUCAUUGCAAUGACGAUAGCCAACAUUUAGUGGAAAUUUAUACCAAUGCAACACGGCUACAUCAGGAGAUAGAAACAACGGGCUUAUCCAGUAGCAGCUCAGAGUAUCAACAAAUGGUAGCCGAUUGCAUAAAUGAUUUACACAAGGUGGCUGGUGUGAUCAAUCAGCUUGGACUAUUUAGUAGGAAUGAAGUGAUUGAUGAUGUAACAACAGUUCAAUUAGGUUAUUUUAUAGUCAAUGCUUUACUAGCCGAUUUAAAUCUUAAAUUGCAAAAUUCGAACCUUCCCCAUCAUCGAUUGCAAGCCAUUCACAAUGCCAAAACCCACAUUGAUGGUUACUUACAGUUAUGCCGAGAUUACAAUCUUUAUGAAGGAAAUGACAUGCAAGACAGCAACAAAGACGAUCCAUUACCAUCAGAUGACCAACUCAAUAGCAAGCAAUUGGCCAUGGCACAAUAUAAUAAAGAUACAAAGACACGACAAGCAAAGAUUGAGCGUUACCAACAACUUCAAGAACAGGAGAAGAAAAUGAAAAUAAUCGAGAAAUUAAUGCAACAAGACAAAUAUCCGUUAGACGAAGAGACUAUACGUCAACAUAGAAUUCUUCAAAUUCAAAGCUGGAUUAAUAAGAGCUUAGAUCAACUCGACUCAAUACAAUCAGAAAUGAAAAUAUUACAACACAUGAUUAAGAUGAAGAAAGACGGAAAAGAUCCAAUCACAGAAAACUUGGAUAAGAAAAGGCCAAUACCAAAUAAACCUAUUGUAAUUACACGUGAAAUGAUCAAGAAUAAAGUAUUUGGAGCUGGCUAUCCUAGCCUCCCUACCAUGAGUCCAGAAGAAUAUCUGGAAAAAGAAAUACGUGAAGGGAAAGUCGUCUUAGAAUAUGACAAAUCAUUACAAACUAAGAAAUCAAAUAAGAGCGGUAACGAUGAAGAAGAGGAAGACAAUGAAGAUAGUGAUGAUGAAGAGGCGCUUCAAAAGGCAAGAAAGUGGGACGACUGGAAAGAUAAUCAUAAACGUGGAUGGGGUAAUCGAAUGAAUAAAGGAUGA